ACGGCUCUUUAUCUUUUGCUACCUGUUGCCGCGUGGUUGCCGCCGUGUGAGACGUAUUUUGACUCCGUGCGCCGGUAAUUUGCUGUGUCUUGUUUAUUCUGGAUGGAUUAGCUUUCGGGAUGGCUCUUGAAGAUAAGGGCUAUCUUCCUUUUUAACUUUUGAAGAUCUGGAGAGCCUCAAUAUUUUUAACCUCAAUUUUUGUGUGGCCAUUUGAUGAUAUGCUUGUGAUUUGCAUUGAAAAAUGAUUCGAAACUGGAUACACGCUACCUCAGUCAAAGAGAUCAAUAGGCGUCUUCGAAAUGAAGAAGUCAGGCAGGCCAUUUUAGCUGUUGAUGCUGAAGAACAUGCAGAGAAUGAGAGAGUUGAUGUUGAACUUGAGCAAGCAGUAGAUGAUGUGGUUCACGCCAACAAUGAUAAAAACAUUAAUGACGAACAGAAAGACUAUGAUCAGAAUGAUGAUUAUGGUACAUUUCCAUCACAAGCAAGCAGUUCUAAAAAAAAAAGCUUCAAAGAAAUUGCAUGAUAACCCUGGUGUUCAUGAAUCAGUAAAAGAGAUAGUAUGUGAAAGUCAGUCAUGUCAGUCCAUGCCCGAGCAGAAGACAUCAGAUUCUUUUAAAGACACAGAAACGACUAGCAAAAGUCUUGUAAACCAAAUGCAUCUUAAUCUCCUUCAAGAGCUUCAUAGAAAAGUGGAUUGGCUUAGUAUCAAUAUGAGUCGAAUAUUAGACGAGCUUUUCCCUGAUGAGUCUAGGUUUGACCGUUUACAAGGAUUUCCUUCUUUAUCUUUAAACACAGAGAAUGAUUUGGCAGAAUUUGAAUCUUAUUUAAAGAAUAAACCAAUUUUCAAUAAUAUGAUGAAGUAUCUUGGAGAAAAGGGAAAGGGCGAGUCUCAUCUUUUACGUACUCCAUUCUGGCCGUCCUCAUCUCCAACCAACUUGCUCGCAUAAUAAGCUGGAAGGGCACAGGUGGAGUCAAGCUUAGCUUUGAAAAAUCAACAACUAAGAAACUGGUAGAAUGUACAUGUAUGCUUAAAGAAGUUUGGUGAGCUGCCAGUUCAUGUUUUUGAAGAUAAGAUGAAAAGAUGGUUUAACCACUGAACUCUAUAUACACUGGAAUGCGCAUCUCCAUCUAACAAGCAUAGCGAGACGUGGCACAAAUUGAUCAGCGCCAUUUUUGUUUGGCCUGAUAUUUGAGCAAAUCAAAAGCGCGUUCCACGCGCGGUCCCGCUACAAGUUAGCGACAUGAGAUGUUGUGUACCCGGGUGUGGGCAGAGAAGUCAAAAGGGGAUUUCAUUUCAUAGAUUUCCAGUGAAAGAUCCGAAUCGAACUCAACAAUGGAUUGAUAGAAUAUAUGCGUUUUUGGAAAUGCAUAAUUGUAAACAGAAAGCUUAAAAAAGACAAAACAAUUUGUUUUAUGUUCCAAACAUUUCCUUAAUAGCGAUUACCUUGUUACAACAAGUAGCCGUAUGUUGAAAAUUUCAGCAUGUCCUUCAGUCUUUUUGGUAAGUUAUACAGGGUCCGCCACUUAAAUCCGGACAAAAAUUUUUUUCUCGAAAACGUUGUUUAUUACAGAAAAUAUGAA